AUGGCUACCAUUCCAGAGCCUCGACCCAUAAUGGCUGCCACUCCAGAGCCUUCAGCCAACAUGACUGCCAUGCCAAAGACUCCAGCCCUCAUGGAUGCCACAAUCUUCAACCAUCAUAAAUGCCAUUCCAGUGUUCCGGUCCACGAGUCUGUUUCAGAGCCCACUCCAGUUCACGAGUCCACUCCUGAGCCCGCUCCAGUCCACAAAUCUGCUCAUAGGCCCACUCAAGUCCAGGAGUCUGUUUCAGAGCCCACUCCAGUUCAUGAGUUCGCUCCUGAGCCGGCUCCAGUCCUCAAAUCUGCUCAUUGGCCCACUCAAGUCCAGGAGUCUGUUUCAGAGCCCACUCCAGUUCAUGAGUUCGCUCCUGAGCCAGCUCCAGUCCACGAGUCUGCUCCUUGGCUCGCUCCAGUCCAUGAGUCUGUUUCAGAGCCCAAUCCAGUUCACGAGUCCACUCCUGAGCCAGCUCCAGUCCACGAGUCUGCUCCUUGGCUCGCUCCAGUCCAUGAGUCUGUUUCAGAGCCCACUCCAAUUCACAAGUCUGCUCCUGAGCCCACUCCAGUCCACGAGUCUGUUUCAGAGCCCACUCCAAUUCACAAGUCUGCUCCUGAGCCCGCUCCCAUCCACAAGUAUGCUCCUGAGCCCGCUCCAGUCCACGAGCUUGCUCCUGAGCCCGCUCCCAUCCACAAGUAUGCUCCUGAGCCUGCUUCAGUCCACAAGUCUUCUCCUUAG